AUGAUAUUUUAGCACAUCCAAAUAUAAUAGCUUUUAUUUCUCACUGUGGUAUGGGCGGUACUACAGAGGCUGUAUAUCAUGGUGUUCCGGUAAUAGGUAUACCUGUUUUUGCUGAUCAAUUUGCUAAUGUUCUUAGAUUAGUACGAAUGGAAAUGGCUGUGGAGCUUCCCUUUCAACAACUGAGUGGAAAAGUUCUACAGGAAGCUAUUCAGGAAGUUCUACACAAUAAGAAAUACAGGGAAAAUGCGAAAACGAGGUCUAAUGUAAUGCGUGAUCGAGUAUUGGAACCCCUAGAUGAAGCUGUAUAUUGGGUAGAAUAUGUGAUAAAACAUGAUGGUGCUCAUUAUUUAAAGAGUUCCUUUAGUGACCUAGCAUGGUACCAACUGUAUUUAGUUGAUGUUAUUUAA